AUGUCCACUCUUCGAUAUAAAUUAAUUAACGCAACAAAUAAAAGAGCAACAAUGUCAAUUGAUACUAGUAUUUACAAUGAUAUACACAAACAAUUUGAAUUUCGAAAGCAAACAGUCCUUGCUGAUAAAAUUCUUACAGAUGAUGAAAAAACUGAAGCAAUAAGAUUAUUGACUAAAAAUUAUGAUCGAUAUAAAAUUAGUUUUAAUUCGGGAACAAAAAGAAUUUGUGAAAAUUGUAACCAAGAAUGUUUGGCCACAUUAUAUUGUGAAUGUUGUGUACAAAAUUAUUUAAAAGAAAAAUUUUCAAAUUGGACAUCUGGGAAUAAUGAUAUUGACAAUUUAAUACAGAAAUGUCAAAUGGAAUCACUUAAUCCACAAAUGAUAGUUGAAUGGAUUCCAUAUAACAAUUUGGAAAAUAUUAAUUAUUUAACAAAAGGUAGAUUCUCUGAAAUCUAUACCGCAGACUGGAUUAAUGGAAAUUAUGAAGAAUGGGAUUCUGAAAAAAAAACAAUUAAAAGAAUUGAAAGACCUGGAAUACAAAACAUAGUGGCAAAAGUAGUACUUAAAACGUUAGAAAAUGUUGAAAGUGCAAAUCAAAGUUGGUUUGAAGAGGCUAAAUCACAUUUAACUAUAAGUAAUAAAUGGGUAGAUAUUGUUCAAUGUUAUGGUUUAACACAAAAUCCAUCAAAUGGAAAUUAUAUGCUUGUAAUGAUGAAAAUGGAUAUAGAUUUAAGAAAUUAUUUACAACAAAAUCAUAAUAAACUUACAUGGAAAGAUAGAAUGAAAAUUAUUAAUCAAAUAACUCGUGCGCUUUAUUAUAUUCAUUUUGAGAAAGCAAUUCAUAAAGAUUUGCAUUCCGGAAAUAUAUUAUAUUCACAACUUAAUGGUCGUUGGUGUAUUAGUGAUCUUGGAUUUUGUGGACCUGCUGAUAAAUCUUCAACAAGUAUAUAUGGAAGUCUUCCUUACAUAGCGCCCGAAGUUAUUGUUGGAAAAGAAUAUACUUUUGCAUCUGAUAUUUAUAGUAUUGCAAUUCUUAUGUGGGAAAUUUCAUCAGGACAACCACCAUUUAUAAAUUAUGAAAAUGAAAAUGAUAUUGUAAUGAAUAUUAUUAACGGUAUAAGGCCAAAAAUUGUGACAGAAACUCCAUUAGAAUAUAAAAAUUUAAUGAAAGAAUGUUGGGAUGCUGAUCCAUUAAAAAGACCUGACGCUGAUGCACUUGAUACCAAAAUGAAUAAAAUUAAUUUAGAUUAUCAAAAUAUACCAGAUGAAUUAUUAAAAUCAGAAAUAGAUAAUUUAGAAAGGAAUAAGGUAGAAGAAAAUUAUACGAGUAGCAAAUUAUUUACAAGUAAAAUUCACAACUUUGAAAAUCUACCUGAACCAAGAAAUGCAACAGAAGAAGAACAAGAAGUUAACGAGUUUGAUAAAUCAAAUAAGCAGAAUAAUAACAAAUCAUCAAAAAUAGUUACCAUUUUUAGAGAUAGUAAUAAAAAAUUAUCUAAAUUAUUUAAAAAGUUGCAAAUAAAUUCAAAUGAUGAUGAAAAAGAAAUAACUCAACAACAAAUAAAAGGGCAAAAUAUUAAUGUCGAUGAACAAGAUGAACUGGAAAUUCCUGAUGAUAAUUUCUUAAAUAAAUAA